ACAUAAAGGCGAGUGAUGAACCACAGUUUCGCCACUCAGACCCACAUCUUGUUCCUGAGCGUUCGCUAGGUGAGGCGCUCCCUAAGACCAACGCGAUUCACUCAUGAACCCGUCCCACCCGCAGAAUCAUUUUCUGGAAAUAGGCAAGAAGAACUGCUGUGUGUUCCGGGAUGAUUUCAUUGCCAAGGUGCUGCCACCGGUGGUGGGGCUGGAGUUUGUGUUCGGGCUCCUGGGCAAUGGCCUUGCCCUGUGGGUUUUCUGCUUCCACCUCAAGUCCUGGAAAGCCAGCCGGGUGUUUCUGUUCAACUUGGCCGUGGCUGACUUUCUCCUGAUCAUCUGCCUGCCUUUCCUGACCGACAACUACGUGAGGAAGUGGGACUGGAGGUUUGGGGAGGUCCCGUGCCGGAUGAUGCUCUUCAUGCUGGCCAUGAACCGCCAGGGCAGCAUCAUCUUCCUCACAGUGGUAGCCGUGGACAGGUACUUCCGAGUGGUCCAUCCCCAUCACGCGCUGAACAAGAUCUCCAAUCGGACGGCGGCCCUCAUCUCCUGCCUCCUGUGGGGCGUCACCAUCGGCCUGACGAUCCACCUCCUGUACAAAACGAUGCUGAUCAGGAAUCGCAACUCGAAUCUGUGCAGUAGCUUCAACAUCUGCCACACUUUCCGCUGGCACGACGCCAUGUUCCUCCUGGAGUUCUUCCUGCCCCUGGGCAUCAUCCUGUUCUGCUCGGCCAGAAUCAUCUGGAGCCUGCGGCAGCGACAAAUGAACAAGCACGCCAAGAUCAAGAGGGCCAUCAACUUCAUCAUGGUGGUGGCCAUCGUCUUCAUCAUCUGCUUCCUGCCCAGUGUGGCCGCACGCAUACGCAUUUUCUGGCUCCUGCACACCACUGGUACAAAGAACUGUGACACCUAUCGCUCGGUUGACCUGGCUUUUUAUAUCACCCUCAGCUUCACCUACAUGAACAGCAUGCUGGACCCUUUGGUGUAUUACUUCUCCAGCCCAUCUUUCCCCAACUUCUUCUCCGCCUUGAUCAACCGCUGCCUGCGGAGGAAGGUGCCGGAUGAGUCCGAGAAUAACCGCAGCACAAGUGUCGAGCUCACGGGGGAUCCGAGUACUACCAAGAACGUUCCUGACACUUUAAUGGCCAAUCCCAGUGAGCCUCAGAGCCCCUCUUAUCUGACUCCAGCCUCUCCUUAAAAUAACCAAGCCAAGAAGGGAGAUGAUCAUCAAGGACCAAGAUCUCUGGAGAAGCAGUUGGGCUGGUACACAGAGUAACAUCAUGAGCCUUGGCCUGUGGUUUUCCAGAACUUCCAGAUCCAGAGAAUCCGAUUUAGAGAAUUGGUCUGGCAGCAUGGGCUGCUUGGUUGCAGCGUGUCUCCCCCGGGAUCCUGGGGGAACGGAGGAAGAAGCUUCUAGGCGUCUGAAACUUCUGUUCAAUCUUGGACACUCGCAGAACUGAAGAUGGCAAAACUGUCCCCAUUUCUGCUGCUGGAGUUGGAGCCGCAGAGAUGCCCACUGGCACCUGUGACUCACUGGCCUCUUUCCUUCACCUGCCUGAGACUUGGAUGGCUCUCAGCCCCUGGGGUGACGCCUAGCCUGUUUGUGGGCUCCCACUGGGAUAAGGAAAGCUAAGUGAUUGGAGGGGAAUUAUUGCUCCUGGAGGGAGCACAGGCAAGCCAGGAGGUCACCUGGGUUCCGUGGGACCAAUCCAUCUUUCAGCUAUGCUUUAGCAGAAAUGGACCAGACAGAAACUCAUGAGCUCUGGUUAAUAUCUGAGUUUCCAGUGCUGGUAAGGAGGGGAUUUGCCCCAGGAGGGACUGAGCAAAACAGUGUUAGUAAGGGAAAGGAAAUGGCAUUUAUGUUACAACCUGCAAGGAAUCCAUUCCUCUCUUGUUUACACUAAUUUGAAGGUUGAACUGUUAAAAAGACUUCAGGGAGAGAGCUGCUUGCCACCUCUGUUUGCUUUUAUCACUGAAAGGGAAAUGCUGCCCAAUGGUUAGAGGGGGGAAAGCUUCCUCCUGGUUCAUUUGCUUGUGUUUCUAUACUUAUAAGAAAUCUACCACUUCAAUAAACUUUGAUAUGAGACACACA